AUGACAGCCCUUAGUAAACAAAUUGGCUAUAAACUUGGCAAGUCAACAGAAAACAACAAAGCUCUACUUUUCUUCUCAGGUAAGGAAAUAAUUCAAACUUUUAACGGUUCCGAUUAAAGCCAUUCCCCUUUUGUUUGCGAAGUGAUAAACUUGUGAACUGCCAUGUUUGAAAAUUCUUCAAAGAUAAUAAUAAUAAUAAUAAUAAUAAUAAUAAUAAUAAUUAUGCCUUUAUUUAACGAGGGUAACACUAAAUAGCCCAUUCCAAGGCUAAUAAACUUGUGGCCCGCAAAACUUUCGCGUGAUUUGAUCCUUCAGUGAAAUCGUACUUUUUAAUGCUUUCCUUCGUGUCUAUAUACUAAAACAAUUAUUCUUUUCAAUCUCGGUGAAUAGUGGCUUUAGGAAUAUUUACCCCGCCGCUUCGCGCCUCGUUAAAUAACCAGCCACUAUAGAAUUCACCUCCAUUUCAAAGAACAAUUGUUAAUUACAUUGUAUGGAGGGUGAAUUUGAGCUUAUCAGCUGGAAAUCUCGUUUGAGCAUUAAGGACAACAACUUACAACUAAUUGCAGAGUUAGUUUCAUGGACCUUUAUUUAAUAUUCCCUACAAAUUUUACGAUCGUAUAUUUACCCCAUACAAACACCGUAAUUUUACUGGUACCGUAGUACUACUAAUAAUAAUUAAUAAUAAUAAUAAUAAUAAUAAUAAUAAUAACAAUAAUAAUACACACAUACUUACUCAAACCCUACCCGAUAAAAAAAACCACAGUACAACCAACAAAGUCGACCAAGCGAAGCAGCGAAAAGGUAGACACGUUCAAGAAGAAAGCAAAGCCGCACACACACUCAAGCAAAAACCUUCAAAAAGGAAACACCACAGUGCAGCCAACAAAGGCGACCGAAGCGAGCAAAAGGACGGAAGACGCACGCACUCCAAAAACAACAACAACAGCAACAACUUAGUACCGAUAAAAAUUAAAAAGAAAGACGAAAAGAGUCACCAACGACUUUACCAAUGUACCCAUUGGCACCCCAUUGACGCUGAAAAAAGAGGUGCCUACUACAUGUGUACGGUGAAGCUGGUGCUUUUCAUUUUUUCUGUUCUUGAUAUGUUUUAGGAAGUCAGUUGGUACCGAUUAACUAAGGGACCGGUCAUUAUUUGUCGCCUGCGGGGGGUGGAGGAUUAUUUUUUUGGGGGGGGGGGGAGCGGGGUCACACGGUUUUCAAGAGAAAGAGGGGGAGUCAGCCCUUAUUGACAGGCACUAAAGGGGGACCAGGAGAAAAAAGGAGAAAAUUAUUUGAAGCUGUGGGAUCAAUUUAUUACUUUUUGAUGAUCUUGUUCAGUGGUUGUGCUUAUGUAUUAAACGUGAUGCUAAAAAAUGUUUACGUUCUAUAGUUUAAAUGUCCACAAAGUUCCAUGUUUGAAAUUCUAUUAUUAGAGUCAUUGAAAGGUAUCCCCGUAAUAAGAACGUUCGAUCAACGUGGUGGCUCACCGUCAUUACAAACAACAACAACAGAAGUAAGAAAUAUAUACAUGGUAUAUCAACAAAUGAUUAGUUUAGUGUCACUGCUUCGUCCCCCCAGCCCUCCUUUGCAGCCUCUUGGACGCCUCCCAUUACCGACUCUUGAUCCUCCACUGACUCUUGGAUGUCCUCCUCUGCUAACUCUUGGAUAUCCUUCUCGUCCGAUUUAUCAGCAGAGUCCUCGUUCGAGCGCUUGAAUCUUCAGUGCUUUUUUCUUUUAAACUGGCUACUACUACCUGCAAGGUACGGGUAAUGCUUUUAUUAAAAACGCCUUUUUCAAGCAGCCAUAGCAGAGGGUCAAGAUGAAGACACCUGACCAAUUUUCCGGUUAACUCAGCAUUGAUGGUUGCGAUGCUUGUAAAACUGUUGUUAGUUUUGAUUGCAUCAAACACCUCUCCAUGCGGUUACCUCUCUUGAGGUGGGUUUUUCGAGAAGCAAGUAUGCCCUCCGUUUUAAAGUAACGCUUCUCCUUUAAUUUUUCACCUUUCUUUUGUUCUCUUUUUUAUGCCCAUUGUCGAUCUUUCCUAAUGCGAGAUGUAAUAUAUCAAAAACGGGUGCGAGGGUUUCAUCAGGGGUUCCAAACACCGAGAAAGAGAUGAAAGCACGAGGCUGCAGGCCGAGUACUUUUAUUUUUUCGAGGUGUGUGGAACCCCUGAUGGAACCCGAAGCACGAGUUUUUGAGAUGACUUCUCAAACGAAACAAUAAAAAAGAUAUGCAGUGAUACAUUUUUUUGUAUUGUCCUCCCCAAAUGAAAGAACAAUAAUUUAUGUAGCGAUGCAAUCUUGCCAUUUUAGGUAACAUUACUUCAACAUGCAUGAUUAAUUGUUUUGGUGUAGUUGGUGUCUGACCAUGAGUGAAGAUGGAGAGGCAAGAUUUAGGGAGCCGAAAACGGUUUAUUACGAAGAACGCGAGUUAGUCGAAAAAGCUAUUCCCUCGUCGACCAAAUAUAGGAACAAAUGGGUGGUAACAAUUUUUAGCGAAUGGCAAAUUUCUUGGUCGGUUAUAGCUAGCUCCCGUUUUAGUUCCAGGAGGACUAUUUAAAUGCUAUGAUUUACACAAGGCCGCAAAAAAGCAUCGAAGAAAUGGAUGCAGUAACCUUGAUUUACUGGUUUAGCAAGUUUGCGAAGGAGGUGGCCAAGAAUUCGGGGGAGAGAUAUCCACCGAAGACCGUUUAUGGAAUAAUUUGAGGUAUCCGACGCUCUCAAGAUUAAUUAUAUCAAAUAAUAUUCAGGUCAUUUUUGGAAUCGUUGUUAACGAUGUAUUAAUUAUUGAAAAAUACUCACUAAAAUGCAAGUGUUUGAUCUGAGAUCAAAACUAUGUUUGAUCUCAGAUCAAAACCUGUAAGAUUUUCAUCUGAGUGUACAUUGGGUAUCAAGGUUCAUGUAUGUGACCCAAAUAUGCUUCAUUUACUGGUUGUUGCCCUCAUGAAUAAUUAAUGAGUUUGAGAAGGAAACUUCCUUUUCAGGCUUAUUAGGGUUGUUGCCAGUUUAUUUGAGGCUUCUUGAAGUUUUUCUUGGAGCGCCUUAACUUGUUCUUGAGCUUCCUGAAGAUAACUCUAGAGUGGGAAAAAUAUAGGAGAUUUGUAGAUCUUUCUGAAGAGGAAAUCAAAAGAAUGUGACUUCAGUCAUAUGAACGAUACUAAAAGACGCGGAUGGAGAAAAAUGCCUGGUACGUAUGCGGUCAGGUUGCCAAGAGGAUUGAUGACGCCCCUAUUCUUAAAGAAUACAUUAAGAGUAAAGUGAGUGAGCCUCCUGAUGAACUGUUCUUUUUCAGUCCUUCUCAUCUUGAUAGAUAUCGGAGCGCAUCAGGAAGAAACAAAAUGGAAUUCCCUGGUGCAAUAUACUUCAGAAAGAUCGAAUCGUUUAUGGAAGACAACUAUAUCCGUGGAGAACUCUUUAUAGAAUUCUGUCUUGAUGCUGCGGCAUAGAGGAGACCUCCAAUCUCGGUUCUUGCUGUUCUAACGAUAGCUGGGGGGGACCAGAGACAGAAAGAAUUCCGCAACCUAUACCAGACCCAAACAAUCGGGGACAUUUCAUGGAUGUCUAUCAGACGGAAUCGACAAGCAGGACACCGGAUGACUCCCGAGAAAAUGUUUGAAGAACUUGUAUGAGAAAGAUUCCUUCAGUGUCAUAAACGAGAGCUUCAAGAGCUUCUGUUCGAAAUACAAUGUUGAUGGGAGGCAUGUUAUUACAUAUAUUAAUCAUCUUAAAGAUAUUGAUAUCAGAAAAGACAUUACAACAAUAGAAGCUGAGAAACGAAAGAGGCAAGAGGUAGAAUGGACAUACAAGGACUUCAGAUGGGACACCCUUAUUGAGAGUGGCAAGAUCGAAAAGGUAAAGGUAAAAGAACUUGACUUCUACCUGAACGAACAGGGACUAAUCACUAUUGAUCGAAAGCUUGACAAAGUAAAAGCAAUUCGAUGUCAUUAUUACCGACACAUCAAAGAGUCUAUGAACACAGACAGAUCAUGUGGUGCUAAAGACUGGGAAAGUGACGGGGAAUCAGAGGAUGAAGAAUAUGAGGAAGAAUUCCACAAUGUGGGGGACGAGAGCGACAAUGACUUUGUUUUCAACGAUUUGUUUGAGAAGAGUAACCCUUCACAGACAAUUCAGUUCAUAUUAGAUGACCAAAUAGGUGAAGUUGUUGUUCAACGUUCAUGAGACGUAAGUAUUAAUAUACAUGUCACUUGUUUGCAUAUAGUAACACUGGCUUUGUAUGGUGGCUGGGAUAGAAGAGGUGGGAUCAUGAAAUCUUCCACCGCCAAUGUGGGGGGAUCAAAAUCCACACUGUAUGCUUUAAGGGGGGAUCACGUAAGUGCUCCGUUGUUGCAACAAAAAUCCUUCGCCCCCCCCUUCUCCCAGGCGGUAAAUAAUGACCGGUCCCUCAGAACGACCGAGACCAGGUUUCAUGAGCGCGUGAGACUGAACACCUCACCCAAACCCUUAUGUUUUCCUAAAUCCGCUGGACGCCAAAACGUGGUUGAGGUCAUUGUUGCUUAAUCUCUUCCGACUAUUUUUUCUUGUCAAAUUUUCCGCCAUUUUCUCUGGCGCAAAAAAGUUUAACCUACCAUGUGGCACGAAAUUUUUGCGGGAGUUUAUAUUUUUGCGGAUUGGUGAUUUUUUGUGUUUUGUGGGAACUAAUUUUUGCGAUUAAGACAGAUUGGUUUUUCUUGCUGGGAUGGUGCUUGUACUGGUGCUGGUUGGAGGGGGACCCAGCAUUGAUAUUAUUUUCGUUUUUGUUAAGUACGUGCAAUAGAAAUACAUAUUUUCAAACAAUAUUACCGUAUGCGGACCCUAUGUAAUACCAGUGAUUCAUUGUAUACCGUUUUGUUUCUGAAAGAAAGAGGCAAGUUGUAAUUGAACAAGCACGAUUUCUUAGUACUGUUUUUUGCGUAGCGAAUUUAAGUUAGAGAAUAUUUACGCUGGAGAAAAUUUUUGCGGGAACGAUGUUUGCGGGAACUUAUUUUUGCGGACCGCUGGAAAAAUCGCAAAAACGCAAAAGAUUAGAACCACCCCAAAUUUUGUGACACACGGUAGUCCCCAGGGCCUCUCGAUUGCAUGGCCUUUUUCUGCAGAAAAAGAAUUUUUUGAAGGAAUAACAAUAGGCUUUAACCCUGACCAAAUGGAAAGCAGGGCAGGUUAAUUCACGCUGCUGCUUUUAGGAGGGUCUCGACGGGAUCAACCGUUAGCCGUAAAACAGUCACAAAUUUCAGCCGUCAGGUGGAAACGUUUAACUGUUAGUCGUAAUAAAAGUCAAACAGCCGUAAAUGUUUAAUCUCUUACCAAAAUUUGUCAUUUACACUUAGAAAGUCAACAUAACAACUGCUUGUUGCGUUUUUACUGGUAUUGAAUCGUGGUUGAUGGAUCCUUUUUUAUUAAGACUUAAAUUUAUGGCGUUCCAUAAUUAAAAUUCAACCAAAAAUUACUGAUGAUAUAGCACCGUCGAUUGAUUGCCGGCUCACAGAAGCCACUAUCAGUUUCAUCAGUAUAAUUAUUGUGUAAAUGGUCUUAUAUGUAAAAUGACAGUUGCCCUGGCCUGUUCAUUGGUCAAGAUCAGGUGAAGAGAACCAGCAUAACUAAAAAAAAUUGUCAGAACGUCACUCUGCUGGCAUGAGGUGUAAAAUAACUAGCUUUGACUCGGUCAAGGAGAAAGAAAAAAAUGCACGUUUUACUGCCGAUACAGCUAUAAAAAUUUAUCAUAGUUCAAUUCGCUCCUCUCAAACGAAUGAUCAUAAUGAUUAGGCAGCCCAACCCCGAAAGAGUAGACGAGCUGUUCAAAGCUGGAACGGUAUAUUUAACAAAACGAGAAUUCACUAGAACAUUUUGCACCUGUUUUCUUUGUUUAGAAUCAUGCAUUUUCUUUUAUUAUUAACACACACAAAAAAAUUAGGUAGUUAUUUUUCUUUUUGGUGCAAAUCAAUUGUUAUAGCUUAGUCCGAUGCAUAUUUUUAUGGCGUUAAUAAGGACUGUUAUUACAUUGAAAUACAGACAAGUCGUAUUUAAUGUGACCCUGUUAUUUAAGCAGGGAUGCUAGUUAUAAUCUUUAGUUAAAGCUAGUUAAGAGGAACGUCCUUUAACUGCUAAGAUAGAGACCUGGUUUUGGAUUCUUCGCUGGGUUCUUUCAUUUUUGACCAUCAUUGGAAAUGGAUUUACAAUCUUUCUCGUUUGCAGCAGACGAAAUCUCCGCACCAAACCCAACGCGUUUCUUGUUUCACUCGCCGUGGCGGAUUUCUUCGUUGGUUUGAGCGUUAUUCCUUCUCUGUUUUUCUGCGACAUUACAAACACCUGCCACUGGCCUCACACUCAUGACCAUCAUUUGCUAUCUUGGGUGAAUUUUAUAAGGUUGUUGUUUAGUAACACGUCUGUUGCAAACUUAUGCGUCUUAGUACUGGAUCGUUUAAUUGCCAUCGUCCAUCCUCUUAAAUACAUUACUUUGAUGACUCGUCGUCGACUUAUUCAAGUUAUUUUCUUCGCUUGGGUUCUGCCAGCUAGUUAUAAUGUGCCAAGGUUUAUCCUUUUUAUGUUUUAUUUCAAAACAAUACCUGUCCCUUUUAUUUGGCUGACAAUAAUUUUGGAGUUUAUUCCAUGUGUUGUGUUAAUACUCUGCUUUGUGACAAUGAUAUUUCAUGUAUGCAGGCAUGAUCAGUCAGCACGCACCUUAGCAAAACAGUUACAUUUUAACCAUCAGGUGUCGUUUAAACUCCACCACGAGAGGUCUGCAGUAAUAAUGAUGGGUCUUGUGAUAGGAGUGUUUCUUGUUUGCUAUGGUCUGUAUCUACGUUGUAGUUUUCUAAUACUAUCCUCAUCAAAAUGUAAUGACGAAAACUACAAAAUCCCUGUCUUGGUUUUAAACUCGGCCAUUAACCCGCUGGCUUAUGCCUUUUUCAAAAGAGACAUAAAGAAAGAGUUUAGAAGACUUGCGGUCAGGUGGUUUUAA